AUGAGCCGGACCAUUUGGUUGGUUCGGCAUGGAGAACGAAUCGACAAUGUCGAUAAAAAAUGGAAGGACAACAAUCCGAAGAAAUGGGAUGAUCCUGAGCUAACAACUCGCGGGAAAACUCAAAGCGCUGAAGUGGGAAAAGCAUUGGCUAACUAUAAUAUUGAGAAAAUCAUUUGCUCGCCUUUUACGAGAUGCGUGGAAACUGCUGCCGUCAUUGUCACGAUGAUGCAGAAUCCGCCAUCGAUUUGCAUUGAGCCGGGAUUCAUGGAGCCGUUGAGCAGCUGCAUGGAUCCCCCAUCGAUUCCGACAAUGGAAUCGCUCAAAAAUUUGACGACAAGAAUUGAUGAAUCAUACGAACCAGUGAUGAAAACCGUAUCUGGAGAGACUCCAGGUGAUCUUGGAUGUGCCGAAAGAGUUAUUAAUACAUUCAAGGGAGUGCUGAAGAAGUUCCCGACAGGAAAUCUUUUGAUUAUUACCCAUGGCACGCCGAUUGCGAAUCUUCACGCGUUUAUUGUCGGCCACUGGAAAUACGCGGGCCAAUGCACUAUCGCUAAAGUUACCGAUAAUUUCGGCAAAUUUAAAAUGGAUUAUUUCAACAAAAAGGACCAUCUGUCGAUUCCGGUUGGUCUUCAUGAAGACGAUCGUCCUGUGCCGCGCUAG